AUGGCCACAGCCAACGACCGCGCCGUCUUGCGAAGCCUCCUGCACCCCAACGCGCCCUUCGGGGACCUCUCGCCCGAGCCCGAGCCGGAGCCGCGCGCGAGCCGCGAGGAGCAAGGAGGCGCCUUCGCCCCGGAGCUGCUGGAGCAAGCCCGGCAGCUGGAGAUCCAGGGCGUCGCCGCCGCGGAAGCGGGAGACCUGCCGGGGGCCUUGGAGAGCUUCGGCCGAGCCAUCCAGCUGCUGCCCGGGCGAGCCUCAGCCUACAACAACCGGGCCCAAGCGCUCCGCCUGCAGGGCGAGGUCGCGGGAGCCCUGGAGGACCUGGAGGUGGUGCUGAGGCUGAGCCAGGGGGGUGGCCACGUGGCCUGCCAGGCCUUUGUGCAGCGCGGGCUGAUCCGGCGUCUGCGAGGGCAGGACGAGGAGGCGCGCAGGGACUUCGAGCAAGCAGCCCGUCUGGGCAGUUCCUUCGCUCGCCGGCAGCUGGUCCUCCUGAACCCCUACGCGGCCCUCUGCAACCAGAUGCUGGCUGAAGUGAUGAAGACGCUGCGUGGCCCGGCCGAAGGGCCUCGGCCCAGGGGAGAGGAGCCUCGCUGAGUGCCGUGGCCCAGGGUGGGCCUCCAUGGCGGUGACGCCUUCUCCCCUUUCCAGCCACCAUGGGUCCCGAUCCAAUUGCCCCUGGAGCUAUGCCCCGGAAUAAAUGGUGCCAAUUCUGCCA